AUGCUCUCCAACCAGCUGCCAAGUGCUAACCAGCAGCUGCCCGGUGCCGUGCCGUCGUCACUUCAGUCUGCUUUGCAGAUGAAUCCGCCGCCACCUAUGCCUAUCAAACAGCCAUCACCAAACCAGGAAACGCCGCCAGCAUCGACGCCAACAGCGGGCGCAAAGCGAAGACGAAAAAAUGAAGGUGGAAACGAAGAAGGACCGCAAGGACCAAGCGAACCUCGUCGACUACGCCGAUCGCACGAAGCUUGUGCCAGAUGCAGAGGGAAGAAAAUUAAGGCAACUGAUACUUGCUUUUCUCUCCAGUGCGAUUCAAAACAUCCACGAUGCACUGCUUGUGCUACCGCUGGCGUCGAGUGCAACCAAGAAGACCGUCACCGCCAGACGCUGACCCCCAGAGGAUAUACCGAGCGCAUCGAACUCCAGCUUGCACAAUGUGAGGCCUUACUCAAACGCCAUUUACCUGGCUUUGCUUUGGAGAACCUCGAGGAAUUCCUUGCAAGGGAUGGCAUCGAUAUCGGCGGCCCAGUCCCAGCAGCAUUCCAGUUGAGCUCGUCGCCAUUACGCAACUCGUUUCGUCCAGAACAACCCGUUCCGCCUGGUGGACCGCCAAAGGGAUAUCCUAUCUACCCACCGCCCCCAGGCAUGCUGCCUCCGCCGCCAGGUUAUCCGCCCCAUGCCAUGAUGCCGUAUCCGCCGCCGGGUCCUUAUCACCCGUCCCAAAUGCCGCCAAUGCCGGGUCCACCUUACAAUCCCCACAUCCACCCUGCAUUCCAGCAGCAUCCUCAGUAUGUGCCGGCAGAAGUCGUCGAGCAAGGGCGCACCGUCACAACUGAUAUCAAAGGUCAAGAUCCCAAAUCUAACGACAUGUCCAACACCCAGUCUCUGGCCAAAAAUUUCGGUGUUUCUGCAGCAAUUGUCAGCGAUCUCAAGCUCGGCCCAACGCAUAUCGACAGGGAAGAUCUAGCAGUCGGAUCCAACGGCUUAAGCUCAGGUAGAGACCGUUCGAUUGGAGAGACCUCUGCUCCUCGUGAUACAGCAAACUGGCGUACGGUGUCAGUCAGACGCAACUCAAAUGCUUCUCUGAACUCACCUCGCCUUCCUCUCAUGUCACGCAGCUCUGAUCCAUCCUCCAUCGAUGUAUGGCUGCCUAAAGAUCGUGGAAUGGUCCAGCAGGUCGUAGACGUCUAUUUUACCCGUCUCAAUGUGCACCGUCCUGUCUUCUUCCGCAAAGUGUUUGAAAAGGCACUGGACGACCUCUAUGCAGAGCGUACCGUCACUCAUGACCCAGGGUUCAUUUGUAGUCUGUACCUCGUGCUGGCUCUGGGAACCCUCAGUGAAAUAUCCAACCGGUCCGCCAAACUCGAUGUAGACACCGACGAUCCCAUGGUCACCGGUGCCACCAGACCUAAAAGCUUUGCUCCCGACUGGCCAGAGCAUGACGAAUUCUUUGAACGUGCGCUGAGCGUGAAACCUGAUCUCCGAGUAACUAUCUCCAGUCUGCAAGCACUUAUUCUCUUGCACUGGUAUUUGUAUACAGAGCGUCAAGGACGCACCUUAUGGCGUCUAGUUGGAAGCCUUGUCCGUCUUGCUAUAGAACUCGGACUUCACCAUGACCCCACCACUCAGCUCAAUCCCGCAAACCAGAUGAGUCCUAACACUCAACAAUGCAUCUUUUCUGAGGAAGAGAGCCAAUUGCGAAUUCGACUCUGGGGGAUUGUCUUAGUGCAUGACCGCGGAACAUCUCUUCUUCUCGGCCGUCCGCUAGCCAUCGCACCUUCUGACGCCAAUACACCUCGUCCAUCUCGCAUGUCUUCCGCUGCGCGGCUUUCUGGGUUUGGAGAGGAUUUUAGCGAACACUUCGAUCUCUCACACCCUAUUGCGGAGAUACAGGCCGAUAUCAUCAAUUCAUUGUAUUCUCCUUCGCGACAGAGUGGUGAUACCAUUAUGCGAAAUGCUACUCGAAUUAUCAAGAGCAUGGUCGAGUUCCGGCGCGGGCUACCGGACAAAUAUAAGUAUUACUUCUCUGGCACAGACGAAUGGCCAAUGGAGCGAAAGAGUAAACUCGUGCAAGAGAUUACCGAGGACGAAGGUUUAACGCUGCUCAAAAUUGGUAUAUCCCGAAUUCUGCUACUUCGAGCAUUAUUCAGCUUGAAGGAGCUCACGUAUGCCCAGCGUAGGAAGGCAUUGGUGGAUGCUAUCAUCACGUCACAUAAUACCAUCAUAGUUCACAGUCAACUCAUCCGAUACCCCGAUAUCGCCUUCUUCACCUCACCGAUCCCACUCCACAUUGCCGCCAUGGUGAUCCUAUACGGCCAUAUGUCAAAAUGUGAUAAACUCCCACGGCAUACCGCCCUAGAGGAUGUAUGGCUUGCUUUGGACAUGCUUCCUCGAUUCCGCUGGCGAUGGGAGCGUAAGGACGUUAACGGCGGACAUCCUUUAAUCGCCAAGCUAGCUGAACGAGUCCUCGAAGCCAAUCUUCACCAAGUCGGGCCCGCUACCCAUCCCGUCCUUUUAAGCGAAGCCGAUUGGGAUGAAGACACCGUGCUAAAGAGCCCCAAUCUCACCAAGAGUCAACAGAACACCCCUACUCUGUCGACUCCACCGUACGGGACCGGUCCCCAAAACCCACCGUAUAGCCCACAACAACGGCAGAUGAAUGGUGGCUCGAUGAAUGGGACCACGCCUCCGGGAAAGAACGCGCCUAUGCCUGAUUGCGGGCACAUGUUCUACCCAUUCUAUCCAGAGGCAGGGCAGAGUGAAGUUAAUAGCGUUGAGGGUCAUAAUCAUCAAGACUACAGCCAGUUGUUGGCUGUUGCUGCUGUACCACCUUCCCAGGACUCGUACAUGUCCGAGGAACGAGAUGGUGCUGUCCAAAAUGAACAAGGGAUGUGGAUACAGAAUAUGCCUCAGGUGAGCCGCUCCUGA